AUGGAUACCAAGUCGCCAAACCCUCGCUUGACUACCGAGUCACUCAGUCUUUCCAGCAGCAAUUUUUCAACUCCCUCUGCUUCAGUCGUCUCAACACCUACAUUAGAGGCCCGUGAGUUUAUCGGCGGCGUCCCACCCAAAGUCUCGGCAAACCCACUGCCACCCCUUUUGCGAGAGUAUCCUCAGCCCGCCAAGGACAUCGACGUGGAGGAGGCUCUUGAACGCCAGCCCGGGAGAUGGAGCCUCCAGGGCCAGAUGAAAGCAAACCAAAAGAGGGCACAGAUUGCUGCAUCCCGACCCGACGACAAGGAGCAGAAGACAAGGGACUUUGAGGCGGCCAAGCGAGAACUGCUGGCCUUUCACGAGGGCACGCUGCAGAAGACUACUGGCAGGAAAUGA